CCCAUAUUCACAGCGGGCUGUAAAGUCUCGCGUACCCGCCCCUUUAGGAGCGCUGUGACUCCUUUGGCCUUCCAUAAUCCUGAUACUACACUGACAAGCUGAGGCGUGUGCGGACAGAGCUGGCUUAGCCGAACAGCCAGGCCAUGUCUUUAAAGAUGGAGCUGGAUGUCAGUGGAGUGUCCCGGGCCCCUGUGUCCGUUUUACCUGCUGCUGAGGUCAAAGCCACGUUAAAGCCUGAGGUGGAGAAACCGCGCUGCUCCAGCACGCCCUGCUCACCCAUUAAAAGUACUGUCUCAGGAUACCAGAUCCUCCACAUGAACUCUAACUACCUUGUGGGCUUCACCACUGGUGAGGAGCUUCUCAAGCUGGCCCACAAGUGGUCCGGGCCGGAGAAGAGCGGCACAGAGGCAUUGCCUGGAGCCAUCCAGAAACCUGUGGAUUUAGGGAUGCACCGCGCUUCACGCGUUUACAAAACCAAAAGCCGUUACUACCAACCUUACGACAUCCCUGCCAUUAACGGGCGACGCAGAAGGCGAAUGCCCAGCUCAGGCGAUGCCUGCUUCAGAUCUCCAGCGGCUGGAGAGAGCAGUAAGGCCCUGCAUGGCCCACUGCCUCUCUGCCUGCUCAAGGCCAAGCGUGCGCACUCCAAAUCUCUGGACUACCUCAACCUGGACAAGAUGAGUCUCAGUGAGCCGGCCGACACCGACGUGCUGCAGUACCAGCUCCAGCACCUGACACUGCGCGCCGAGCGCAUCUUCACCAGGAACAAAACAUGAACGGAUGAAAACGGGCCAGUCGCACCCACAGCCAGGCCUGACACACCCCGGGAACUGGCUGCUGUUUUUGGGCCUUGAGUUUCUCCAGUCAGAUCAUAGGCAGUUCCUGUAGUAAAGGCACCCAUAGGCCACUAAUCUCGUUAUUUUAAGAACUGUUUGUUGACCAGAAGGUUCAGUGAGGUUCAGCUAACUUAAACUUUAACCUGUGAACAAAGUGAAGUUGUUUUAAUAAUGUGUGUGGGUGUGUGUAUGUGUGAAGGGUGAGGGUGAGUUUGUUCAGGAUUAGCAAUAAACUAUAUGCUUAACAGUUGCUACUACUGUAUGUGUGUGUGUGUACGCCUGUGCUGAGGUGAAAAUGCCUCUAUUGCAGAAAAUGUUCCUAUAACCUGCACUAGAUCAUACUGUUAGGCAUCUGGAUAUCAUUUUUUACCGAGUUAGCAUAGCUCACUGUGGUGUUCUCCUAACGUUAGCCUUUUAGCAUUAGCAUCUUCACACCCGUAGAUGUGUCAGUAAGUGAGCUCUACACUCAUUUGCCUGUCAGUUAGGCAAAACGUUUCUGGGGAAAAAAGAAAAAAAAAAAACACAGACUGUUACACAAGACUGAAGUUAUUUAAGACAGUUGGGCAGAUAAAGCUUAUGUUCACUCACGCUAAGAUUAGUGCCUCACAUACACACUAUUAAUCCCCCUUUUCUAGUUUCUCAAGCUGGCCAGUUGUCUAGACGUUCACACUGAGUAAUCCAGCAAGGUUAUUUGUGUCAUAAAUGAAGGAUAUAUGUGCACAGUGGUAAUAUUUAUGUUGAUUGAUUCACAUGGGAUUUUUAUUUUAUAUUAUUAUUAUUAUUAUUAUUAUUUUUUAUGCUGGUGCACAGCAUUGCUACUGAAACAAACCAAAGGAUGAACUUUGGCUGUCCUGGGAAAAACUUGAUUGAUAAUGCGAUUUUUUGUGCAACAACACCUGACAAUCAUAUUUUUACCCAAUAAUCCAGACAGUUAUAAACCGUUAUUCUUAACUCAUAUUUUUGGUGCUCAUCAGGCAUUGUAUUUCUCAUGUCACACUUCUUAUUGUGUCUCACACUCUUAAAAUAUUUGUAGACUAUUAUUAUUAACUAGUAACAUUACAAACACCACCACAGUUAAUAGUGUGAAUCUGAUGCACUGGUUUGAGGCAUAAUAUGUUCUUUUUUUUUUUUUGUUUUUUUUUUUUUUUUUUUGUUAAGACCAGCUCUUUCAUCUUGGUCUAUGGUUUGGUCAAAUAACACUGAAUAUUGUAUGUUUUUAGAGUUUUUAUAAUCCCCAAAACUACACUGAUAUUAUUUGAAUAGAUUACUCAAACAAUUGACUUUUAAUGGAGAAUUGACUUUAUAAAUUUUUUUAAUUGUCAUAUUAAUGCUCAUUUGAUUCACUUUUCCUUAAUGUGGUGUACGAUGUAAUAGUUUAAAACUACAAUCAUAUUAUUAUGGUUUUUUUUGGUUGUUUUUUCCCCCAGUAGGGGCGGGUGGUGUUUAGUGGAUGAUUUGUCCGAUGCCGUGCCACUUUUGUUUCUUAUGAAUAGGUUUGAUUUGUAUAAUUGAGUGUCAUGUUUCUGGUUUUUACCUUCAAUUCCUCGAUUAGUUCCAUUCCCUCUGAUUGAAAUGCCAUGCACUUCUUUUCUCCUCAAUUUGUAUCUACUUUUGUGUAUUAAUAAUAUGUUGUAUAAAUAUGCUCAGCACCUUAGAUUCACAGAUAUUGGUGAUGUAUUGGUCAUGUUUUCUUCUGUCUUGACUGAACUGCAUAACAUCAUGUUUACAUAUUGGCUGUUUUAUUUUAAGACUGUAAUGAGUUUGUUCUUCUUCUUUUUUUUAAUGUUAAUGAAUUUGAUCAAAGCGUGCCAUGAAUGUAAUGGAUAAAGAGUGCUGUUGUGCUAUGUAUCUCGUAUAUUUGGAAGGUAGAAAUAAUUUCUGUGACUCAGGACUGAGCCAGACUAUUUCUCUGUUUAUCAGUACAGUAACACUGGGGCAACGACCUACUCCUAGUUUUCAGCUCAUGUAAAACUGCAGGCAUUUUGCGCUAUUAGUGUUUAUAUAUAUAUAUAUAUAUAUAUAUAUAUAUAUAUAUAUAUAUAUAUAUAUAUAUAUAUAUAUAUAUAUAUAUAUAUAUAUAUAUAUAUAUAUAGUGUUUAUAUAUAUAUAUAAACACAUAUAUAUAUAUAUAUAUAUGGAAACACUAAGGUAAAAGGCGUACUUUAAUAGGAGCAAUGUGACUAUUACUAUUAAAAUAUUAAUAGUGUAGGCUUAAUAUUUUCUCUUUUCCUUACUAAGGCUAUUGCCACAAUGCAAUGUUCCUGGACUCUAAAGGCUAAAAUUAAACCUUUUCACCAUCACAUUGUUUGUGAUAUAACGCAUUUUUACUAUUCUUGCAACACCAUCCCAUAUUAGACUGCUGUACUGUUUUGCUCCUUGUGUGUGAAUGUGAUUUCAAAGAUCUGUCAGGACACAGCAAUGAUAAUGAACUAAUCUUAGCCUCACAGUGCUUCUCUGCGAGGUGUACAGUCACAAGGAGCCAUGCUAGGUCCCAGUGCCUUGAGCUCUAGUUAAAUGACAUACGACAUGCUGUAUGUCAGUCUUUUCUGCUGAUUAACACUUCUCUAGCUAGUAUGUUUACAUCCUUAGGGUGAAAAAUGUUAAUCUGUAUUCUGUAGGCUGAACUGCAUUUCAAUUUCCUUGUCCUGCUGAGUGUUUGUGUGACCUGCAAUGCUUUCAUCUGUAUUAAGUUUAACCUUACACUUACCAUUAUUAAAACACUACGCUGCA